AUGAUGAUUCAUGCUCUUUCCACUGGUAGUUUUUACACCAGCGGCGUGUUUCUCGUAGCUUUUGUGGAGUAUUUCCAGGAAGGAGUCUUUUAUGGGUUUCUUCUUCAACAGUUCAGUUGUGGUACUCGAUCUUUUCGUAGUGGUUCAAAAGUGGGUUAUGGCAUUGCACAGACGUCGUCAGUCAUUGGUUUAAGUCACUAUUUUGAAAAGCGAUAUGCUACAGCAAAUGGAAUUAUGUUUUCUGGUGCCGCGGUUGGCAUGUUAUGCAUCCCGCCUCUCCAUCAGAUUGUUAUUACAAUAUAUGGAUGGCGAAGUGCUUUGUUCAUUGUUGCCGGUGUUAAUGCCCAUAUAUGUUUAUUUGGUACAAUAUUACGCCCAUUACAAUUGUCAACAGAAAAUGUAGAAGUAAGCAAUUCAAAUGAAGUGGAAGCAGUUCAAACCAAUGAUGCAAAACAAGUCAUAAAAAGGAAUAGUCAGGCUGAACAACAGAUCCCUGAAGAAACUGGCCUAUUGGAUAUGUAUAACUUAUUAGCUAUAUUGUCUACAUUUUAUGGCUUACAUUUGGGUAUCUUUCAAGUUCUGGUUCCAGUCGCUUUACGAGAAUGUGUGGGAGUGGAUAAUCUGCACAUUGCAUUUGGAUGGGACUACUUCAGCAUGAGCAUAGGAUUCCUUGUAGGACCAACAUUUGUAGGUCCUAUUGUAUCACAGCCAUCAAGUGUUUUCUAUUUUGGGGUUCCACAUAAUUCAUAUCAAAAUAUGGUCUCAGGAUAA